CCAGACAUCAGGAAGUAAUAUAGGAAAAUACCAGGAAGAGUAAUUCAGAGAAAAUACCAGGAAGGUGGAGCAAAAUUUGCUUUACUGAAGUGAAAGCUAGAAGGAUCCCAGUCAGCAAAGAAGCCCCAUUACCUUCAGUGCUUACAGUUAAGCAUGUGCUUAAGUGCUGACUAGGGUUGGAUUGAAGCAUGUGCUGAAGUGCUUUGCUGAGUGUGGGCCUUAGGCUUGCUGGAAGUCAGCCCAGUUUCUGGCUUUGCUAGGUGAGCCCCUUUCCCCAGGUGGUCUCUCUGUCACUUGUCAUUUGUAGGAAGUCAAUGUCAGCUCUUCCCGGUCUUCUCGCAGUGUGCAGCAGCAUGGCUCUCGCUGCUCAGCUCUCCCUCUGCACGAGGUAACUCAGGUUCUGGCUCUACCAGAGUAUUGCACAGGGAGGUGCAUUAUGGGAUGUUACCUUUGGCAUGCUGGGCUGGGGAGAGGCCUGAGACACGUGACCAAGGGUUGGGAGAGCUGCCUGGAUGUUCAGGGACUCCUGGACUGCACGGCUGUUCCCUUGUGCAGGUCAUAGUUUGCGGGGAUGGUGGAGUUUUAGUAACACAGUCCCCCGCUAUGUAAACAGCCUAGAGAUUUGCUUCUGGUCACUUCCAGUAAGAGAAGCAGAGUGGCUUAAUAACCAACCAGCCCAGCCCUCCCCUCCCUCCGGGCCUCACCAACCACAGCCGGAUUUACCAAGGUGCUUAGAUGGUCUUGGGGAGAGAACAUGGUGUCUGCUGCACCCAUCCUGCUCCUCAUGCUCCUUCUUGCUUCACUUGCUCCUGGGAAGAGACAAAGGAGGCCCCCAGCCCUGGAGAGUCACUUUGAGAAGAUCAAGAUACAGGAGAACUUUGACCUCCAGCAGUUUUCAGGGAAGUGGUUCCUGGUUGGUGUGGCCUCCAAAUGUGACUACCUAAGAGAAUAUAAUCACCAGCUGGAAGCAACAACCAUGGUGGUGUCUGCCUCUGAAGGAAAGUCGCUGGCCAUCAGUACCUUCCGGAAACUAGAUGGAGUAUGCUGGGAGAUUAAGCAGCAAUACCACUCCACCAAGGCCAAGGGGCAAUUCCUCCUGAAAGGCCGUGGCAGCAACGUGGAUGUGGUGGUGGGGGAGACAGACUACAACAGCUAUGCCAUCCUGUACUACCAGAAGCUCCGGAAGAUCUCCAUCAAGCUCUAUGGACGCAGCAUCCGGGUCAGUGACGCCAUCAUGGGUAAAUUCGAGCAGCGCAUCACAGAGAUGAACAUGAACGAGGACUUCACCUACUACUUCCCCACUUAUGGGUUCUGUGAGUCCACAGAUCAAUUUCAUCUGCUCGAUGAAACGAAGAUUUAGGUGAAGAGGGAAAUGCCAGAGACUGCGGGAGCCAACCAGCCAUGUCUGCAGGCAUACUGAGCGCAGGGGCCUGGCCAUGGGAGCUGCCAGUGAAUUCUGUGGCCCAGUUAUUCAGCCAGUGCUGGGAAGCUCCAGGUGGACGCUGGGCCAAGGGAGUGAUGAAGGGGUGGGAUUGGGGUCUCCUCUGUAGCCCUAACCCUAGUGUUUGUUCACUCCCAGCCCUUGCUCCCCCUCACUCCCCGCCCUUGCUCCCCCUCACUCCCCAGGCUCAUGUCUCUUCCACAUGAUACUACCACACAAAGGCGGAUUUGGGUUUUGUGGGGUCCUGCGCUAGAGCAGUGGGGCCCGCUCCCCAUCCCUUCCUCCUGCAGUCCUCCCCAACCCCUUCCGUGCUCCUGCCAAGGAGUGGGAUUGGGGUGCGGCCAGCAAGAGCACCAGGCAGGCAGAGCGGGUCAGGGCACAAGGGCACCCAUUUUUCUGGGGACCCCAUAUUGGCCAGGGCCCCUGGGCAUGGGCCCCAUUGGCCCAGUGGCUAAUCAAUCAUUGCCCCCAUGCUCUCCUGCGGGAUCCCCUGCCCAGCUGCACCUCACUGCUACUGCCUCGCUCCUCUUACCUGAUUCGGUGCUUGCUCUUGUUGCUGUCCCCAGAGGGGCUGUGGGCCCCCAUGAGGAAGCCCUGCUCUCCUUACACUGUUGCAGUAUGGCCGUGUAACCCUUCAGCUUCCACCUCCUGUGCACUGCCCCUGUCAAUUGCCUGGCUGUGCCCAUUGUGCUGGGCUCAGUGCAGACUGGCAUGGUGCAGAUGCCCAGUUCGCGCUCUCUCUCUGGAAUCCACAAUAAACGCUGGUCAGGCUGGGGAGGCCCCUGUGCUCCUUGCAGAUGGGAAAAGGACACAAGUGUGCCAGGAGGGUUGGGCAGGUGGGAUUCUCCCCUGCAGGGGCCCCAUACAGUUCCAGCCCCUGUGGUGAGAGUUAUUCCUGCUGCCCCAGCAGGACAUUCCUUGCAGGAGCAUUGUGCCAUUCAGUGCCAUUCACCCUGUGGGGCAGGAGGCAUGAGCAAGUCUGCAGCCCUUCAGCAACCCGGUUUGCUGGCGGUGCCUCCAUUGCCCCUUGCCCUAUUGGCUGGGUGGGUCCCAGCCCCGGCCAUGUCCCCUUAUCACUGCUUCGGUCCCUGAACAUGGCUGAUCUGCGGCACCCUGCACUUCCCCUGCAACGCCUUGAACAGCUGAUCUGGGGAAGAGCCGGGUUUUGGGGACACACGUCCAUUCAGCCAGAGUCCCACGUGGGGUUAAAUGCCAAGGGGCUGAAGCUGAAAGGAGAAACCCCAUGGCAUCAGGGCCCCGCUCAACCACCCAGCUGGGCCUCUGUGCGCUGCACAGACCCGUCUACCACUCUGACCCC